CAAUGCGACUCCAAAUACAAGUACCGACUGAUGAACGGUCGGUGCAAUAAUUUGCAUAACACUAAUUGGGGCUCAUCUUUCCACUGCCACCGACGACUACUGCCCGCCGACUUCGCCGACGGCAUUAACAUUCCCCGCGCGGCCACCAGUGGUCUACCCCUGCCCUCACCCCGACUGCUCACUGAGUUCAUUAUGCCGGACAUCCCGGUGCCCGACCAGAAGCGCACGGGUAUGAACAUGAUGUGGGGUCAGUUCAUGGUUCACGACAACUUCCGGACCAUCCAGAAUCUGGGUCUCGCCAUCAACUGUUGCCUCAUUCCUAACGUGACUGUCCAUCCGGAGUGCGCGCCUAUCACUAACUUCCCUCAAGACGAGGCCACACAAGCCUUCAAUAAACAGCAGUGCAUUAAUACAGUCAGAUCUGCCACUUGUAAUACUUGCAGUUUAGGACCCCGACAACAGCUGAAUGUGGCCACUCAGGUGAUGGAUCUGUCCAACUUAUACGGCGGUAACCUAAUCGACGACACCCUAACCCUCAGGAGUUUUGUUAAGGGACUUAUGAGAGGAUCGUUGGAUAUCAAUGGCAACGAAACACUUCCGGUGAGACGUCUGCCCAAAGAACAGGACACUCUAGACCUGACGCCGUGUAACGAACCGCUCAAUAACCCGGAGCUCACGUGUUAUCACAGCGGAGACGGCAUCCGAGGCAACCAACAGCCCGGCGUUAACUCAAUCCACAUUAUGAUGAGAAAGAGACACAAUCAACACGCGAAGGCACUCUCCUAUGUGAACCCCCAUUGGGACGAUGAGACUCUCUUCCAAGAGGCCAGACAAUUUUGA